UUGUGAUGUCUCCUUUGAAAGUAGCACGAAGGCUUCAUCGCUCCUUAAAACAGCAGGCUCUUUUGUGAAUAUUGUUGACGGAAUUCAUCGAAGCGAAAGAUUUAGCAGAUGAAAAGGCCAUGUACUUCUAAGUUGAUGUUGUUUGAUGAUAGAAAAUAGCCCCGAGAAUAGCCAAUGCUUAGGCCUAACAAUUGGUUGGAGUGGACGUCAUAAAAAAUGUUGUCUAGCGCAUGUUAUAAUCUAACUUUCUAUCUCUGAAUCUGAUGUUCAAAAUAAAGAACUUAAGUAAAUAUCAUUCUUCCUUUGUGAUGCUCGUGAUGGAACUAUACAGGUGCAUGAUCUUUUUAAUAUAUUUGAUUUGACUGUAAUCGAUUUGAACCUCAAGGGCAUCAAGGUUGUUUUCAUUGAUACACCUUUAUGACCUUACAUUCCGGAAUGUUCCUCAGAAGCUUGCUGAUUUUACAAGAAUGGUUAGAUGUGUGAGUUUUCUUGUUGAUUCCUCGCCCGAUUUGGAAUCAAACCAGACAGAGAUCUGUAAGCAACCAAAGUCAAGGGACUUACGACUUGACUAUGCACAAGGAUGGAUAUGUCUCGUGCAACUUGAGUAGGUUUCAAACCCAUUCAGUAUAUGCUUUCUGACAACACGCUUAAUAUGCCUUUAACCAAUGAGCGGGUUAGAGGAGAGCUGUGAUUGUGAUGGAUUGAUGAUGUUCCUUGGCAGAACGAUAAAUUCCGAUUGAAGACAUCUAAUAGUGAACGUUUCCUCUUAUAUUUUAAUCUCAGUGAUCGACAGGGAGCUUCAUAUGCACUAUAACUGAAGAGAGGAAGGGCUCCGCUCCCACCAGCUUUUGUGAUGGAUUUCAAAUCACGGCACAAAUGAAAACUAUUCAUUACAUUGGCUUCCUUCACGAGAGGGACGCGAGCGAACGUACGUCGAAGUGAACGCCAGAGCGGUGUGCACCAAACUUUGUGUGGCGCCAGUUUGCAACUACACAACAAAUUCUGUCAUUCCAAUGCUGAUCGUCUGCUAGUCUUCGAGGCGGUCGUAUUUGGCUGGCAGGUACGAGCAGGUACAUGAAGGUCUGGUAAAAGCAAUCAAUCUGUGUUCAUAGAGAGAAACUAAAGCAUUGUUAACUAUAUACACCAACCAUGACGCAUGCUGUAAAUGGGUAAAGCAUGAUUAUUGUGAAAACAGGCAUCAUCAAUUAGGAGAUGGUUUGGAGGUGUUCGCCGACAGCAUACGCGGGAUGACUUCGAAUUAAGUACACUAUUAUAAUAGGUGAGGCAUUAAAAGCAAAAAGAUGCAUUACCUGUCUGUGUGAUUUUCUCGUCGCGGAAUAUGAUAACUUCCUCAGAAGACGAAGGCCUGUACUACAUGGAUUCAACUUUCGUUAUCUUGGAUUUUGGCAACGGAUUCCCUGCAAUCGGGGCUAAUAUUUCCUGGAUUGCAUAUUUUUAACAACCACAAUUUGUAUUUGGUUCUCGGAAGACAACUACCCAUUUGGAAUAUGCUCCAUCUGAGCUUGCUGUCUCUAAUCAUGUAACAUCCAUGACGUCAGGAUACCCUUAAAAAAAUUACUAUAGAUAAUACAAUGGGCGAAGACGUAACAUCAAAUUUUACAUCCAUGGCGGGGUUGUCGUCAUCAAAGGUACCAUCAUCAUCUUCGAUAUCAACGCAUUGAUCGAACUCACUCACAACUAUGCCCCUGGUCGGCAAGACUGUCUAUCGAUGCUUCAAGAGCUGCUCCUUCGUUCCUUACUUCGAUUCCGAUCCUUUGGAGCAGCUCAAAGACCACUGCAUAUGUGAGCGACAUCAUCUACCAACUCAUCAACCACGGACAUCCUCCUCGUCGUCGCCUUCAAAGCGACCACCGACAUCGAAAAGGCCAAUGAGGGGGAGAUCGGGAGGAAACAAGCUCAAAGGAGCAAGGUUAGUGUCAAUCGCCAGCCUACUCGACAUCGGUUUCAACGAAUGGUCUCCUCACGACCACGGAACCUCGAAGAAGCAGAACGGUCGGACGACGACCAGGGGUGCGACCAGGAGAAAGUCAGACCGAAACGCUCCCAACAUCCAGGGAGAUUCGUCCACAGACUGCAACAAGCAAUGUCAGAAGGAAUGUCAACCAUUCCGUUUCUACGAGGAUACCAGCCGAUAUAUGGCGGAAUAUCGGGCAAGGCAUGUCCAGAGAAUGGUUGGGUUUGACGGAAGCAGCGACCCGGAAGAUCUUACAUUCGGAGAUAACAUUCCAGAUCCUUACGUCUUCAAAACGGCACCGUUUAAGAGAGCUUUUGAGGUCAUUCAGAGUGCAAUAGUGGCUGAACGAAAACAAACUUCGAAUGGCCAAAAUGGGUCUCGGUCCAGUCACGUGUGUCCUAAUCUCAGCCCAACCACAAGCGAACGUCAGCAAUGGCGUCCGUCUGAAGUUAAACACCUUCCAGGCCUGACCACGCAGCCUAUCUUCGCGACCAACGUCGAUUCCGUGUGCGCUGGAAUGAGACAUGUCGGGCAAGACGUCUUUAAACCUUCAUCGCUGCCGAAGAAACGACGACCCGAUAACUCGACAGCGAGUAGCAGACGAUCGUUGGUUUCCCGCCAAAACAAGUUUGACGACAAAGCAGUUGUAAGUGACAAACUGGAGGCUGCACUUGGUCAAAGCCGUUUGGCCAUGCGUGAUCGUCUAGGAAUCAACGACGAACAUUCUAACCCGUCUCGCCAAUCAUCGUCAUCGUCAACGCGCAGCCCGAAUGAUCUCUCAACCAAAACAAGCACGCUAUCGACGAGCACGUCGUCAACGACGAAAUCGAAGGCGGACUGGAUGGCGAUGUCGGUGGAUCAAGCAGAAGCCACGCGGACGAUGUUGCUCUUUUUGCAAAAGGCGAGAGGGGAUGUGGACAGGUCGCGCGAGAAUCGGACUCGGCGAACGUUGCCGAACGGAACUGACGGGACAUCAACUAGGGACAAACAAAGAUUCACAGCCAUGCUUUGUAGAGAGGGUGAAAAGAAGAGACUUCAGUCAACUGAAAUAGCAGGUGAACCAUCACAACCGGUCGCUGGGCAACUGAAAAAUGGACGAUUGAAGGUGUUCCGACCAAGCGGGACUGGAGAUAUCAAGCUUGAAGAGGCUUUGAAGGCGGGAAGACUACAUGUGACCGUCGGGCUGGAAACGUGAACUCUAAGAAGUACCCGCCAUUUUGACAUGGCGCAUGUCUGCUGGUGAUAUUGAAGAAAGGAAAGAUGUCCAAUCUAAGACGGGAGUCUUAUGUGAUUGAGGCAAAGUGAAUCAGUUUCGAGGCUUAAUUUCAGAGAUUAAAGUAAUAAAGUGAAGUACACUUUAUGAGAGAAGGUGGUUUUAUGAGGAAGUGGAUCGAAGAUAACAAGGAUGCAUAAUACCAGAAGCAUCCUAGUAUGAGCAGAAUGUAAUACUAUUCUGAUAAUAUGCUGAUAUUAAAAAGAAGUUAAGAUGGGAAAGAUUAGAAAAAAUAUUUUAAUUAUACCUUUUAUUUAGUCACCCAAUAAAGUUUUGCGCUAGCUUAUAGAUCUCAGCCAUCGGGAAAGUUACCAGGAUCGGUUGUUUAUACGAGCUGUCGAGUGUAACAUAUAGCUAUAUUUAGAUAUCACUUAGAUUUUAUUCCCUGAUAUAUUAAUCUAAUUUGUAAGUUGGUGAAGAGAUCUGAGGCAUAAUUUUGUAGUUCUUAUUGAAAUGCUCGGUCAUUUUGCUCUUCAGUGUCUAUCUUUCAAUAGUCUGUUGAUCAUCAUGAUUAUGUUUGCUAAUGAGUAUCUGUGUACACCGGUAUGCUUAUUAUGAAGCGGCCAGGGGACCGACGGUUUAUAUUGUCUUGGCAAGGAUUAUGAAGGGCACAUAGAACUAGUUUUGAUCCCAAAAUCCUGUUUGGAAUACUAGAAGCAGUUCUCUAACAAAGCAAUCAUGCGUCACCGGAUAUUUUUCAAUCAAUUAUCAACUUUUGUAUAAAUUGUAAUGUGAUGCACGAAAAAGAAUAAUACCAGUUUUAACAUACCAGUCACCAAUAGUUGGUUUCUAUCUGUGAUAUACACAAUAUUCAAUAUUAUUGAUACUAAUUUAGACAAAGCAAUGUUUGGACAAGGACAACUUCAUAAAUUUAUGGGCUUAAAGUCCAGAAAGGUGAAGUUUGAGAGGCCACAUAGUUCAGUUCAAAAUUAUAUACAUAAAAAAUAAAAGUCA